UUUCCUCCCAACUUCAUCGCUAAGCAUCACAUUUUUUCUCAGUUAUACAAAAGUUCCACUAUUUCCCUUCCUUACUUCCUAUUCCCUCUUCUUAUCGUCUGCAUUUUUGCAGCAAUUUUAUUUAACAGAUUACAUUUUACCCUUAGAAAACCGUAUAACUUUGCUGUUUCUUGAUCAGUCUGACGAUAAAUUGGUGCUGAUUCAUGUGUUUCUACUAAAUGAUCCAAGGUUAAAAUUUUCUUGAUCAACUGCAAAUUUUCUUAAGAUUUUUCCAAUGGAAAAAGUAAGUUCCUGGGACAGAAAGAUUGUCAUCAGUGAGCUAACACAAGGUAGAGACCUUGCAAGUGAACUGAAAAACCAACUUCAGCCCGCAAAAUCGCGCGAGGCAUGUCAACAUUUGGUGGAGAAAAUACUUUCGUCAUACGAUAAUGCAUUGUCACUGCUCAACUGCAUGGCUUUAAUUGAAAAUCCUUCACAAGGUAAUGGCUUGUUAAGAUCAGCUAGUCCAAGAAGUAGUGAUGGUUCUGAUCUUAUUGAUUCGAAAGAUCUUGUCAUCAAGAAAAGAAAGACAUUAGCAAAAUGGAGUGCGCAGGUAAGGGUUGGCUGUGGAACAGGGCUAGAAGGCCCUUUCGAUGAUGGGUAUAAUUGGAGAAAAUAUGGGCAGAAAGAUAUUUUUGGGGCUAAAUUUCCAAGGGCUUAUUACAGAUGUACUCAUCGACAUACACAAGGAUGUUUAGCAACAAAACAGAUUCAAAAAACAGAUGAAGACACUUCGCUUUUCAAGAUCAACUAUAAAGGAAGACACAGUUGUAUUCGAGAGACAGAAAAACAGAAGAAAGAAAAUUCUCUAAUAUUAAAGAAAGAAGAAGGAGAUGAAGAAGAAAUCCAAAGACAUGAAGCUCAACAAAAAAUGAUCAUUCUUAAAAAUGAAUCUCUAGAAUUGGAUACUAAGGAAGAAAUUUUCACUUCCUUUGAAUUUCCAGAACCUGUUAAUGAAAGCAAUUUCUCAGCAAGUUAUUCACCUUCAUUUUUAUCUCCAGCAACGUCCGAGUCAUAUUUCUCAAGGAUGAACCAUUUCGAGAUUCAUCACAAUUUACGAACUUCAGAAUCAGAUUUCACUAAGAUAAUUUCGGAUCCAACAUCUGUUACUAACUCCCCAUUCGAAGACCUGGAUUUGUCAAUUGAUCCAGGGGUUUUGGACCCUAAAUUUCUUGAUACCUUAGAGUAUUUCUAAUUUCUUAAGUUAUUCCUUGGAUUAUUUCUAGUUUCUUAAGGUUUGUAAUGAAUACAGUACAUAUUGCUCCUGGUUGAUCCUCAAUGAGACUAAGUCACAUCAGUUGUUAGCAAAGAGAAUUUUCUAUGCAACUUCUGCAUGUUUUAUUUUGAAUUAAUUAGUUUUCAUGCA